AUGUCACCCUCGAACACCAAGAAUCCUUGGGUGAAGACCCCUUUGAUAGAAUCCACAACGCUCUCAAAAGCGGCAGGCUGCAGAAUAUUCCUCAAACUCGAGAACCUACAGCUCUCCGGCUCUUUCAAAGCACGAGGAAUAGGUCACCUCACCCAAUGCGCUCUCUCUGAAUCUCAAACCCCUUCGUCUACCCACUUCUACUGCUCAUCAGGAGGAAACGCCGGUCUCGCCGCUGUCCACAGUGCUGUGAAGUUAGAACGGCCAGUCACGAUCGUGGUCCCGAUAACCACCAAACCUAUGAUGAUGGCAAAGAUGGAAGCAGCAGGCGCAACAGCAGUAAUCCAGCAUGGAGCAAGUUGGCAGGAAGCAGAUGACCAUCUCCGAAACAUAGUCAUCAAAGAAGCGGAACAGGCGGGCGAAGAAUGCGUGUAUAUCCCUCCUUUCGAUCACCCCAAGAUUUGGACCGGACAUUCUUCAAUGGUUGAUGAAAUCCACGAGCAGCUUGUUGAGAUGACUGGAGACCCCGAUGCACAGCCAGAGGUUUUGGCCUGUAGCGUGGGAGGUGGAGGCCUCUUCAACGGUAUCAUGGAAGGUGCUCGCAGGCACUCUUAUAACAACACCAAGAUACUGGCUGUUGAGACCAGAGGCGCGGAUUCAUUGGCCGAAAGUGUGAAACAGGGACAGCAUAUCACACUACCAGCGAUAACUUCUCAAGCGACAACUCUGGGUGCGAAAAAGGUUUCGGCAAGGACAUUCGAGUUGGCCAUGGAGAGUCAACAGGUCAAGACAUUGGUGCUGAGCGAUGAGGAAGCUAUGAUGGGUGCGUGGCGGUUGGCGGAGGACGAGAGACUGUUGGUGGAACUGUCAUGCAGCGUCACCGCGGCUUUGUGCUACGGAGGUCGCUUGAGCCAGGCUUUGCAGAGGAAGGUAUCCAAGGAUGACAAGGUUGUCAUCAUUGUGUGCGGUGGCAGUAAUGUCAACAUCGACAUGGUCUCCCAGUGGAAGAAGGACUCGACGCAUGUUGACGCAUAG